AGGCGCCACGAGCACCGAACUGGGCCAGUCGCAGCCGCGCGUGCGUGUGCGACACAUGGAGUAGGUCCGACUCCUCCGAGGACAGUUGGGAAGGCAUUUAUCACGGAAAACUUUUACAAACCAACAGCAAAAAAACAUCCGUUUUCCGCCAUGCGAGUGGAACUACAGCAGAACGAGAAUGAGGAGAGCUCGGCGAACUCGAUGCGGUUGCUGGUGAACCAGCUGAGGGAGAUUACAGGCAUCCAGGACCUGGAACUCCUACAGCGGGCACUGGUGGCAGCCAAUGGUGACAUCAUCCAUGCCAUCUCCUUGGUGACGGCCCCAACACCCGAGGAGGCCCAGGCACCUGAGGAACCUUCUGGAAGCGAGGAGAACCAGGAGGCAGAGAGAGACGCUCAGAGAGUUGAAGUGAAAGAUGACCUACAGGCAGCCAUUGAGCUCAGCCUACAGGGAAACCAGAAUGGAGACAACAGAGAACACAACAGCAGGCCAGUGGAGAAGAUUGUGAUCCACGUGAAGAGGAAGCGCUGUGAGCCCAUGGUGGAGAGCUGCAGCCCUACCGACCUCAUUCGCCAUGACAACUGGCCCGUGGGCAUCCGCAACGUGGGCAACACCUGCUGGUUCAGUGCCGUCAUCCAGUCUCUGUUCCACCUGCCGGUGUUCAGGAGGCUGGUGCUGAACUACUGUCUGUCUGAGCGUGUGCUGGAAAAGUGCAAGAGUCACUCGGAGAAGAGGAACAUUGCCUUCAUGCAGGAGCUCAGGUGUCUGUUUGCGCUGAUGUUGGGUUCUACGCGGCGCUUCGUGGAUCCGUCUGCUGCCGUGGAACUCCUCAGGGAUUCUUUCAGAACCAACGAGGCCCAGCAGGAUGUCAGUGAGUUCACCCAUAAACUCCUGGAUUGGCUGGAGGAUGCCUUUCAGCUUUCUGCUUUGGGAAAUAACCCUGACGAUAAGAAGGACAACCCCAUGGUGCAGCUCUUCUACGGAACAUUCAUGGCCAAGAGAACUCAUGAAGGAAAGACUCAGUCCAACAUUGAGCAGUUUGGCCAGUACCCGCUGCAGGUGAACGGCUUCAACAACCUGGACGAGUGUCUGGAGGGAGCGAUGGUGGAGACCGAGGUGGAGGGGGCCCACUCAGAACAAUCCGUCUCCUCUGGACAGGAGCGAUGGUUCUCCAAACUUCCACCUGUGUUGACCUUUGAACUGUCAAGGUUUGAAUUCAACCAAUCACUAGGGCGCCCUGAGAAGAUCCACAAGAAGCUGGAGUUCCCCCAGGUCAUCUACAUGGACAGGUAUCUGCACAGGAACGUGGAGCUGACCCAGAGCCGGAGAGGAGCGGUCAAGAGGCUGAAGGAGCAGCUCACCGCCCUGCAGCAGAGGCUCGAGAGCUAUAAGAACUACGGUUCCGGUCCGGUGAAGUACCCGCUGGCGGACAUGCUGCAGUAUGUUCUGGAGUUCGCCACCACUAGACCCUGCAGCGCCCCCCCAAGCUCCACCAGCCCCCCACCCCCCACACACACAGAGCCAGAGCCCAGCACAGACGAGACUGCCUCCGACCCCUCGUCCGACGCGAGCCCCUCCUCUGACGCCCCGUCCCCCACCCCAGCCCAGCGCACCCCCAUCCACAAGCCCUUCACUCACUGGUGCCCCCCGCAGGACGGCCUGCUGCAGCCGGCCCCACACAGCAUCACCGAGGAGGAGCUGCAGGUGAUCAGGGGCUGCCUGCAGCGCUGGAGGGCUGAGGUGGACAAUGACGUCAACGAGUUGAAGGCCAGUAUUGAGAGGGUGAGCCACGAAUUGGAACAGAUCUACUCCGACAACAGCCUGUGCCAGGUGCCGUACCGGCUGCACGCGGUGCUGGUGCAUGAGGGCCAGGCGUCGGCCGGUCACUACUGGGCCUACAUCUACGACCACCUGCACCAGCGCUGGCUCAAGUACAACGACGUCAUGGUGUCCGAGUCCUCCUGGGACGAGCUCGUCCGGGACUCCUACGGAGGGAUGACCAACGCCAGCGCAUACUGCCUCAUGUACAUCAACGACAAACUGCCAAACCUCAUCGAAGAGGACACUGACGGGGACACGGGUCAGGUUCUGGAGGGGGUGGACGCUCUGCCCCCCAUCCUGCGGCGGUACGUUCUAGAAGACAACCGCUGGUUCCAGCAGCAGCUGCACGAGUGGGAGGAACAGCUAGCCCAGCAGAACCAACUUCAGAACGCAUCCUCAUCCCCACACCAGCAGGAACAGGAGCCAGAACAGGAACCCGACCAGGAACCUCCUCACCAGGAACCACCAGAGCCAGAGCAGGAACCAGAGCAGGAGCAAGAGCCAGAACAGGAACCAGAACAGGAACCAGAGCAAGAGCCAGAAGAACCAGAUGAACUGGAACAAGAACAUGGAGAGGAACCCAAGCAGGAGCCUCAUCAUGAAGAGACCAACAAUGAAGAACUCAGAGUAGACGCCCCAGCCCCCGAGGCAGCUGUGCCCAGAGAGAUUAGCCCUGUGCGGGCAGAGUCGCCUGAGGCCGCCUCCCUGGAGCACCACCAGGCUGGAGGAUCCACACAGGACACUCAGGUGCCUGAACCUGAGGGAGAGAGUGGGCUGAUGGAGGAGCGGAGUGAGGAGACUGAAGACCAGAGAGGAUCUGAACACACACAGCAGGAAGAGGCCGUUUCCACGGAGACCCAGCCUGACAGCGCCACUACCCAGAGUUCCUCAGAAGAGGGCGGGGCCGGUUCCAGGGCUGCCGUGGAGACACAGCCUCAGGAGGAUGUGAUGUCAGAGGUGGACAUUCCAAACGUGGGGAAGAUCCAGGUGCUGUCCAACAGUGAUGGCUUCAAUGAGGAGAUGAUCCUGACCCCCGCCAUGCAGGGGAUCAUCCUGGCCAUCGCCAAAGCCAGCAAGGUCAUCGACAGGGACGGCCCAGAAGCUGGACUCAUUAAGGCGUUCCAUGAGGAGUACUCUCGUCUGUUUGAGCUGUCCCAGGAGCAGAGCACUCCACAGCAGGAUGCCCGCCUGCAGCACGUCCUCGUCUAUCUCUUCCAGAACCGAGCGCCCAAGCGCAUCAUCGAAAGGACCCUGCUGGAACAGUUCGGUGACCGCAACCUCAGCUUCGACGACAGGUCCAUGAGCAUCAUGAGAGAAGCUCGCUCCAAAAUACGGCUCAUCAAACCAGAGGACAUGGACAUGGAGGAGUAUCUGAAGUGGCAUGACGACUACAGCAUGUUCAAGACGGUGUUUGCCUACCUGCUCACAGGCCUGGAACAGUACCAGAACGGAAAGCUGCGGGAGGCUCUGAUCUACCUGGCGCAUGCAUACCAGGACAACGCCACACUGCUGAGGGGAGGAGACAGGAAAGGGGUGGAGCAAGCGCUCAUCGGACGCUACAGGAGAAAAUGCCUCAUGGAGCUGAAUGACCGUGCGGCAAAGCUCUUCAAGAGUGAGGAGACGGAGGAGGCGGAGGAUGCGGUUGCCGUGGUGAACGACUGCGUUAUUCCCUGCGUCCACCUCAUGGCCCGAGACAGUGUGUGUCAGGAGGACCUGGACGCCAUCGAGCACAUCAGGGGCGUAUGGUGUGGAUACCUCGGACAGGACAUGAAGGAUUCCCUUCAGGAGAAGCUCAGCGAGUUCCUGCCCAGAGUUCUAGACUGUUCUGCGGAGAGGGUGGUUCUAAAGGAGCCUCCCCAAGUCUGUUCUAACUCUCCGCAUGACCUGGAGAGCCGGCUGGCUGCUGUCAUGGAGUCCAUCCACGGAUCCUCCAUGGUUACAGUCACAUAGAACCAUGCUGAGCCGUCCAACUCACAGGAGAACUGGUCAAGCACUGUGGCAAGCCAGUUGAGCUUUAAAAGUCUAGAAAAUGGUCACCAUCAGAGACUUCAGCUGGAGGCUGAGGGCUACCAUCACCACUGCUGAGACCUACUCUGAACCAUCAAGGCCUUUCAUAGAUUCAGUGUUGGUCAAGCUGAAAUAUAAUGAUACUUUUCAUAUGGAAAAUAUACGGUGGCAAGCCAUUUUGAGGUUUUAUAACAUUUGUUGACAUUAAGGUAUUGUUAUUGUGUUUCUAUAUGCUAAGAGAGUACGAGGUAGAGGUGCAAUAAUACUGACCUAAUGACCUAAUAACUACCAACUAGAAUGACCUAAAAACUACCAAUGUUAUUCGAAUGACUUGGACUAGUGCCUUUAGAGUUGUUCAAUUAAUACUGUCUCUACUGUGAGAAUGUUUAGUUAGUAAGGAUGUUUAGAAUUUAGAACUUACAGUAGAAUGUAGAACUUAGAAUUUAGAAACUACAGUAGUCCCAGAGCCAUACUGUAGAUACAUGUAUCUACUGUAUAUGGCUCUGAGUAGACAUAAUGCAAACAAUGGCAAACAUUAACCUAACACCUGAAAUGGAUUGCCAUAUGUGAGGUCAUGCAACAUGAUUCCUGAGAUUGUCCGCUAUAGCAACCACGUCACGAGGGUGCAGAAGAAGACACUAUAAUAAAGCACGCCAACGUGUCAAACACUGGAUUGUUUGUCGCACUAUUACUAGAAACAAUGCAAUGUAGGAUUUUUUAUAUCUAUUUAUACCUUAUCAAAGAUGAAGAUUAUGAAAGUUAUGUUGUUGUGUAUGUGAUUCUCAGCCCUAACAUGUUGUGGGGUUUGUACGAUGUAAAUGAGCUCUUGAUUUUUCAGGCAGAUAUUUGGCAUCGAGAAUGGGGCAGUUUGGCGUAAACAUAUGCUAAAGCGGUUAGCGCCCUGAGACUUCAGAGUAAGCAGCUGGCCAUUUUAUUUAUGGCACAGUAUUGUUGAGCACUACGGCCACUCUGGUGGUCAAGUUAGUUUCUGAGCUGAGACAAAAUGUAUGGAUUCUUGUAGACUGGAAGCUGCACUAUUGGGAAAGAAGCCAGUGGCAUAGAGCCUUUAGCUUGCUGGGCUAAUACGCAUUAUGAUCAUCAUGUGCAAUGCCGCUUGCGUUACUUUUUUCUCAUUUAAAGCGUUUCACUGGAGGCUAACAGUAGCCACAGGCAUAACAAGAAAAGGAAGUGAUCAUUCUUAGACUGAUGAUCUAUUAGGCUAGCUGUUUGCCUGAGGUAAGUUCACCCAAAGGUGAGCAAGCAUUAACUUUAUUGAGAAAAAAACAUGACUGUGGUAUAAAAGGAAUAUAUAUAUUUAUAUAGUAGCCUAUAUAUGCAAAUGAACCUUGACUUCAUAGAAACUACAUGUUGUUUAGAAAUGUUUGGUCAGAUUUCUUACAGUGCCUUGUUUUGUUUUUUCUCUCUCAAAGCAUUUUGGUAAUGACAGUAAAACAAAGGAAAAAGCAAUAAUAAAAACAGUAACUGUACAGUGAUGUGAAAAGUUUAGAUGUGGCUACCGUGCUAGUCCUAAAUGGCAGCAUGUGAUUCACUACAGCUUCAUGUAGAGAGCCUCCACACGUUUUUCUGCGCCACAGCAAGUCUGUCACAGCUUUCAAUAAAAGGUCAUCUUCC